AGGUGCGCCUGCGCGCCUGGUGCCUGCCGGUUGCUGGGUAACCGCGUCAGGGAGGAGCUGAUGCUGUUCUGCAAGGGCGCGAGGACCCACAACAGUCAGCUGUCCCCGAAGAACCUCGGUGACUGGAAAUUGAAGUGGCAGAGAGUCUGCACUUCCUGUGUGUGGUCAAGACGCUUCUCCCCAGGAGAGGAAGCGUUUCGUAGGUUUUUCAGGGUGUGAGGUGCUUUCUAUUUUUUGCGGCAAUGCCCUCGAAACAGACUCGUAAGCAGAGUGUCAGUGUAACCAGAGGAGCCAGGAAACGAGAUGAUGAUUCAGGGACUGAAGUGGGAGAAGGAACUGAUGAAUGGGCCCAAUCCAAAGCCACUGUGCGACCCCCUGACCAGCUGGAGCUGACUGAUGCGGAGUUGAAGGAGGAGUUCACUCGGAUCCUGACAGCCAACAACCCACAUGCACCCCAGAAUAUUGUCAGGUACAGCUUCAAAGAGGGCACAUAUAAACUCAUUGGCUUUGUGAACCAAAUGGCGGUUCACUUCAGCCAGGUGGGGAACCUGAUACCUAAAGACUCAGAUGAAGGCCGUCGACAGCACUACCGUGAUGAGCUGGUGGCAGGUUCACAGGAGUCUGUCAAGGUGAUGGCUUCAGACACAGAAAACAUUGAGGAAGAGGAAGAACCCAAAGAAGGAGAAGCAGAAGCAGAAGCAGAAGCAGAAGCCGGGAGCCAAACGGACAUACCUGCUACAGCUGAGACAACUGAAAAGGUGAUUGAAGAAGAACUGAUGGCUCCUGUGCAGCCCAAGGAACGGAAACUCACGAACCAGUUUAACUUCAGUGAGAGAGCAUCCCAGACCUUCAACAACCCUCUCCGGGAUCGAGAGUGUCAGAUGGAGCCUCCACCAAGGACAAACUUUUCAGCCACAGCCAAUCAGUGGGAAAUCUAUGAUGCCUAUGUAGAUGAGCUCGAGAAACAGGAAAAGACCAAAGAGAAAGAGAAGACAAAGACUCCAGUGGCCAAGAAAACAGAGAAGAUGGCCAUGAGGAAACUGACGUCUAUGGAGUCCCAGAGUGAUGACAUCACCAAAGUGACCCAAGCUGCUAAAAUUGUGGAGCGAAUGGUCAACCAAAAUACAUACGAUGAUGUUGCUCAAGAUUUUAAAUACUAUGAGGAUGCAGCUGAUGAAUACAGGGACCAGGAGGGUACGCUGCUGCCUCUCUGGAAGUUUCAAAAUGACAAAGCCAAGCGCCUGGCCGUCACCGCCCUCUGCUGGAAUCCAAAGUACAAGGAUCUUUUUGCAGUGGGACAUGGCUCCUAUGACUUCAUGAAACAGAGCCGGGGCAUGCUGCUGCUCUACAGCAUGAAGAACCCGAGCUUUCCCGAGUAUAUGUUCAGCAGUGAGAGUGGCAUCAUGUGUCUGGACAUGCAUGUGGACCACCCCUACCUGGUGGUCGUGGGAUACUAUGACGGCAAUGUGGCCAUCUACAACCUCAAGAAGCCCCACUCACAGCCUUGCUUCCGCAGCACCUCCAAGUCUGGCAAGCACACGGACCCCGUAUGGCAGGUCAAAUGGCAGAAGGAUGACAUGGACCACAACCUCAACUUCUUUUCUGUGUCCUCUGAUGGCAGGAUCGUGUCAUGGACCCUCGUCAAGAGCGAGCUGGUUCACAUUGAUGUUAUCAAGCUGAAGACUGAAGGCAGCACUGCAGAAAUCCAGGAGGGGCUGCAGUUGCACACUAUAGGCUGUGGCACUGCCUUUGACUUCCACAAAGAGAUUGACUACAUGUUCCUGGUGGGCACAGAAGAGGGGAAAAUCUACAAGUGCUCCAAAUCCUACUCCAGCCAGUUCUUGGACACCUAUGAUGCUCACAACAUGGCAGUAGACGCUGUGUUAUGGAACCCAUACCACACCAAGGUCUUCAUGUCCUGCAGCUCUGACUGGACAGUGAAGAUCUGGGACCACACCAUCAAGACCCCCAUGUUCAUUUAUGAUCUGAACUCAGCUGUGGGUGACGUGGCCUGGGCACCAUACUCUUCUACUGUGUUUGCAGCGGUCACCACGGACGGGAAGGCCCACGUGUUUGACUUGGCAGUCAACAAGUAUGAAGCUAUCUGCAACCAGCCUGUGGUGCCCAAGAAGAAGAACAAGAUUACCCAUGUGCAGUUCAAUCCCAUCCACCCCAUCAUAAUUGUGGGCGAUGACCGUGGCCACAUCGUCUGUCUCAAGCUCUCUCCCAACUUGCGAAAGAUGCCAAAGGAAAAGAAGGGGCAGGAAGUGCAGAAGGGUCCAGCUGUGGAGAUCGCAAAAUUGGACAAACUGCUAAACCUCGUGAGGGAAGUAAAAACCAAAACCUGAGAGUCUGGCCUAGGCUCUGCUCUGUGUUCUGAACACAAUACAAGAGUCUGGCCCAGGCCCUGCCCUAUGUUCUGAACACAAUACAAGCAAGGACGUGCCUCACCCUGGUCAGUCCCAGUAUUUGCUUUUCUCAUUCUGGUUCUUAAGGUCAUGCCACCUUUCUCCAUGACCCUCAGCCUCUGUUAUACACUCUCUGCACAAAUAAAGGCCAGCUGGACGCUCAUCUCA